AUGGCAAUUAGAAAGGGAUGCAUUCCUUCACGUCUAGCUUUAGCAUGGAUCCAUCAUCAAGGAACAGAUGUGUGUCCCAUACCUGGUACCUCAAAAUUCGAGAAUCUCAAUAAAAACAUCGAAGCAUUGUUUGUAAAACUGACGAAAGAAGACAUGGCUGAACUCGAAUCAAGGGUGACAGAUAUGGUCCUGGUUUUAGUACGUGGGAGCAUUCAGACACUCCUCCUCCGUCAACUUGGAAAGCUACUUGAAGACUGUCUGUAUCCUAAAAUUACCUUACGGAAUGGAAAGAAGAUUGAAAUAAAAAUGGCAUUACACCAUGUACUGAGCAAGCAAUUUCCAUUACUGGAAAUUGUUUGCCUUUGUAAAUGGCCAUCUAUUAUAAUUGUAUUGAGAUUUGGUUUUCAAACUACAGUCAUCCAGAUUGUAGAUUAG